UGUAGCGAUUGCGAGGUUGUGUCUUACGUGUGGAAUUCAUUCAAGUCUCCGUUCCUGUGUUAUAGAUUUUAGAAAAUAUUGUCCCCUUUAUAAUAAAUUGGCCUAUCAGAUUACCAUCGCGUGCUGGUGUUGCUGUGUUGCGCGAGCGUUGACGAAAUGGAUAAUAUUGAAGAAUAUGCCAGGAAACUCGCGGAACGCACCAAGGCCAGGAGCAAGAACUUGCAUCUCAAAACGGCCGAACCAACUCCUCCAAAGCGCAGUCUAACUGCCGACGAUUUGAAUGAUCGUUGUGAUGGUGAUACUGAAAAGAAGGUUUCACCUCCAAAGCGACAGUGUCUUGGUGAUGACAAGGAGAAUGCAGAUGCACAGUCGAAAAGAGCUGGGAUAUUACAAUGUUCGAAGGACUCUGCAUCAAAACUGGCAGCAAAGAGUAUAGAAGAUGCUGAAUGGGUGGCAAUACCAAGAUAUGCACUCGUUAAGGAUGACAACGAAGCACCUAGAGGACUGGCAGCUCUAAGACGGAAGCAUAAUAUAUCACCCAAUUGUGGCUCUAAGGAAAGUUUCCAGGCCCUCAGUCAAACAAUGGACCUUGAUGACGAAUGCAAGAGAGCACCUAGGGGCCUUGCAGCUCUUCGGAGAAGGCAAGAGGUGCUAGUUGAAGCAGAUAUAGUUCCAUCUAGCACCUGUGGGUCAAAGUCAACUCUUGCAAAGAUAGACAAGCCUAAGCAGCCUUCUAGUAAUAAUGAACUAGACAGAAGAAGUCUACACAAGAAUAACCACUGGGACCCCAAGGUUAUUGCUAGUUUGGAAGCCCAGGGUUUCAUGAAAUCUCCAUCAGCUUCAAAGUUAAGCUACUCAUUUAAGCCAAAUGCUUGCCAUAAAGCACUGGACAACUCUGAUGGCCUUUCUGAAGUUGAAACAAAUGAAGUGCCCAGCACUGUCUGUACUCCACUACCACCACCAUUGCCUUCGGCUAAAGCUGUUAUCAACACAAAGAAAACAGCAGCACAAGUGAAUAUGCCCAAUAUAACAGCUGUGCACAAGCAACCACUAAAUAAUACUCGUCAAGGUGGUUUUCCGCAAAGGGCUGAAGCUCAACAAAUAGGACGAGAUCCUAGUGAGCUGUCACUUCAGCAACGAAAGGCUCUCUUUGAAGCUGCAGUGGUUGCUGAGCAGGCACAGCAGCCAUGUGAGACACCUGAAAAUUUGUCUGUCGCCCAGCGUAAGGCACUGUUUGAACAGCAGAUGAAACUGUCCAAGGCAGCAGCAGAGCGCUCAUAUCCGACAGUGAAGCAAAACAAGCCUCCGGCAAUGCUUUCAAGUUCUCAAGUCAAAACUUCUGCUGCACCAAGUCACUGUGAGGCCACAGUGGAGGAGCGAGAGCAACACUGCAGUGUUACUGAGGCACGUGCCAGACUGGAAGCUAUGACGCAACAGAAGGAACGGGAAUUGACACCAGAGUUUCAAAGCUUUAAAACUGUUACGUUGCUGUCAUCUGUUUCUAACACUGCUUGUCCUGGAGAGAUUCCUGUAAGUGCUACUGGCAGCGUAGAAAGCAUCACACAUGCACAUUUUUCUGCUGAGGUACAGCCUACGCCAAAUUGUGUGGACACGUCAGGCACUGGCUCAUCGCAGGAGUGUGAAUACAAGCCUCAUAUUAACAUUGUUUCAGAGAGUAGCUCUGACUCACCAACUUCGAGUGAUAGCCCUACAACAGUGCAGCUAGAAGUUCUAAGCUCAACUCAUGAAGAAGGUAUAGAUGAGUCCAGCUUAGAAAAUAGCUCGGAACAAACACUAGAAGAUGUUGGAAGUGCAGCUGGAGAAAUUGUCAAUAAUCCCUGUGAUAUGGCUGCAUAUAACGAACAUUAUGCUCGGGUAAAGGCUUUAGAGGAAGAAAUAGCAAAGCAAAAGGCUCUAAUGACAGAAAACACGAGAGAGAGCCAAGAAGAGUUUAGUCAUCAUAAUUUGGAAGUCAACAAAAAAGGCACCUCUCCAGAAAAAGAGUGCGUAGUUGGUUCCUUGAAGAAAGAAGUAUCAAAAAAUCGUCUGUACCCUGAACUUCCUACCAUGGACUGGAAUGAUGUUCCUACAGUUACUCCUCCACCUAAGCCCAGCAGGGCUCUUCCACCCCCAGAGGAUGAUCAGCCACUUGUGCACACGCAGAGUGUUUACAGGCGUAAGGUGUGCACUCCGAUACAACAAGUGGAGCAGCCUGCUAAGGCAUGUCAGAUGCAGCUUCCGUCUCCAGUACAAUUGACCAGCCAGAUGGACAUACAAGCGCAGAUAAGAGCUUUGUGCAAGGAAGCAGAAGCUCAGUCAGUAGUGAUGGCUCAAGCAAGCCGGGCAUUGGAUGUGUGUCGCUCCACAGUGGAGUUUCUUGGCUCUGCUGAACAAGUAGAAGGAGAACGCCUGCUUUUGCUUGCAACGGAACGUAGACAAGCUUGCCUGGCAGAAGUUGAACGACUCAAGACACGUGGUGCCUGUGGAGAUGACGAAGUGGUUCCAGAAAGGGCCUGUCUGACUCUCAGCCAACUGCAGCUGCCCCUCAAGAGAGAAUUUCUGGCUGCUCAGCUCGAAGGAAUACUUGGAGAAGAUGUGCAUUACUUUUUGUGCCUGGUGAAGCAUGGAGCCCAGGUGCUAGCCAGCCAAAUGCUUUCAACCACCGACAAUGCUGGCACCAAUACUCUCUCCUUCAGCAACCACAUGACCUUGCGGGAUCUUAGGGCUGACUUUUCUAUCAAAGUGCACGUCUAUGCCUUGCAAACUAAAAAAGAAACUUUGUCACACCAUCGCAAGUACCGCAUUGGUGGGAAGGAUGGCAAGCUCAAAUUAACACCUAAAGGUAGCAGCAAAGGAAGUGCUAUCAAGUCUUCCCUGUCUCCUGCAACUGUUUGUCCACCAUCAGGCUCACAUGUAAGGACACCUAGUUUUGGCCUUGUUGGGUCUGUAAAGUUAACAGUUGGAAACUGUAGACGCUCAACUUUCAACCUUGAAAAGGUUCCUCCAAACUCCCCCCUUGAAGGGACACUCCUUGUGCAAUUGAUGCUAAGACCUGAACAUCACCAUGAGCUUCGAGGAUUUCUGUCCAUGUUUGAAGAAGUGGGAGGAUUUGGUGCCUGGCACAGGCGUUGGUGCGUACUGGCAGAAAAUAGGCUGUCCUACUGGCGCUACCCUGAAGAUGAAGGCAGCAAGGAACCAGUAGGUCGAUUGGAGUUGAGCCAGUGCACCAGUCCAGAGGCACGUCUAGCAUCACGUGAUGUAUGUGCACGACCUCACACAAUAGUUUUGCACAUAAGCGGCAAGGACCACCUGCUUUCUGCUGACACAAGGGAGGAAAGGCAGCACUGGUGCUCCUAUUUGACAAGUGUUUUGAAGAGCUUGCGUACCUGGGCAGGCAUGGGAAAAAACUGAUGUUUAAAUUAUCAAGUUUGGGUCCAUACUGGUGAUGCCGUCAUAUGCAUGCAGUCUGGCUAAGCAAAAACCUUUUAUGGUUCUCAAUCGGCUCUUUUACAGCCUGCCACAGAGCUAGCUCUUGUGUUCCACGAGCUUUUUGUGGGUGGUCAUCAUGCUGAUGCGAGCUGUUCAUGCUGCUCUUGUAAGGUCACCAUUUAAUCUUAGCACCAGUUCUCAGAGUAGGCUUUAUCAUUGCAUCUUAUAUUAUCAUGUCUAGCUGCAUUGGUUAUUUGCAGGUGCCCUUUGCAUUUACAUUUUUGUUUUGUUGAAGGUAGUGGUUGAUGCACAUGAAAAAAAAACUUAAUUUUUACUUGAACAUUUGCAAGAGCUUUUUGAGUUUGUAUUAAGCCAAUUGUGAGAGAUUAUAUGUAUAUAUAUUUUGGUUGUAUGUAGCUGAUUGGUCUGAUACUGGCUGAAGGGCAGUGUUGUUUUCAAUGGGUCACUUGUUCUUUUUUUUUUUAUUAUAUUUUCAUGUUGUGUUCAUCUUAUGUUAUAUAAAAAUUUAUCCUGCAUUUAGCUUUUAUGUAUUAGCUGUGUGUACUGUCCUACGAGAAUCCAAUCGUGCAUGAAGAUUUGUGCAAGUCCCUCAGUACAUUUUACUAUCUCAAUAUAGGUGUUGUUACAAUUGGUCCGUUAAAUAUCGUACUCACUGCGAUAUAUCGAAUAAAUCAUUAUAAAAAAGUAUUUAAAAAUUAACCGCCUUUUCAGUGUAAAUUUAAUUGCACAUCUUGGCUGUUCGGCACUGCUUCACGAUUAAGAAAAAAAAAAGGGGGUGGCUUCUUAACAACAUGCAGGAAUGUUGUAAGCAGCUGGGUCAUCAGACGUCUUUUCUUUACAUUCAACUGUGUUGAUUACUGCCAGCCAUUACAUUAAGAAACGGACCGAAGAAGCGAGUGGCGAUACCACAUGAUGGGGUAAUGGGCAUGACAAUAAGGAAUCAUGAGGAAAAGCACGCGGUAGCAAGCAGUAGUUGAUGCUUGCACUGCACGACAACAUCCUAAUCACACCACUGACUCUCCCAGAUGUGUGCAAAAAGGUCCCCAUCUGUGAGGAAAAGCCAUCUUGUCAGGAAAAAUGAACUUUCUAGGGCAUUUAGCAUUGCCUGAUGUUCGAUCUUGCAAGUGCUUUGGCUAUUUUUGUUUGAUGGAGGCUUGCAUUGUAUUGACGUUAAACCAUUGUCAUGUUUGAAAAUAGUUCAAUGUAAAGGAUAGUUCAAUUUACCCUAGCAUGAUACAGUCGAACCCCUUUAUAAGAAAGACUAAUAUAAGGGACAAAUCAGAAUAAUAGACACCAGUAUGCCUUCAGUAAAAUACAGGUGGAUAAGAAAAUGCAUACAACGUACCCUGUUAAUAAGAGAGAUUUCAUAUAAAAGACAACUGCUGCCCAGAGCAUGCCUCUUAUAAACGGGGUUCAGUAGUAUAGUCUGCUCUGACUGUACUAGGAAACAGUAGCAAUAUUGUUCCACUUUGUUCUGUUUCUUUUUUUUUUUCAAUCUUUUGCUGUUUUUAAUACUUGUGUUUCUGUGUUUGAAAUUUUAGUACAAGCUAAAGUAGGAACUAGAAAUUUGCAUUUUACAAAAUCAAAUACCAGAAAUAUUGUAGGCAUGUGCACAAGGAUGUGUAGAAUGUAAGCAUCUGGACUUUAAUGCAAUUUACUGCAUUCUCAUUUUUCUCAAUAAAUGAUAACUUGUAAAUAA